AUGCAACAAUUUUCUCUCGAGUGUCUUAAUGCUGUGCAGUAUCGAGGCGAUCUGGGAGAUAAAAAAACGGAAUAUAAUCGCUACAAUAACGAGUUAAACACAAUAAGUAAACACUAUGCAGAAAUGUCUGAAAUGGGACUAGAGAUAGCCAAAUGUAAGGGUGCCUUUAAGGUAGAUGUAUUUUUUGGAUCACUUUGUGGUUGCUCGAGUACAUCGACUACCCUGCAACCCUUCGUGCUUGCAGUGGGAACGUCCAUCGUGCCUAAUGAUAAAAGGACGAAGUCGGUAAACCAAUUCUGGGAAGUUCAAGACGUAGCGAGAAUGGCGGAAGAGAAAUCGAGGGCUGAAGUUCGAAUGUUGCAGGCGUCUCAACACGUAACUAUAGCCACAGUUACAACAGAACAAGUUCAACAAUAUGCUAGAGCAACCACUACCAAGAUCUUGGAGAAAUUCCUUGAUGAAAAAGAAAAAUCACCCGAUGAUGAAUCUGAGGAUGAUGGAGUCCAUGUUUAUAGUGGAGAAUUCCCCAAUUCUAGCCUAUUAGGUAGAAAUGAUACGAAAGAUGCCUUAGAAACAAUCGUAGAUGCCGAGAAUCCGCUUUUUGUAUCUGAACACGAUUCUAACGAUGCAACCGUUAAUCAGGACGAGCUAGUGCCGUUAAAGAAUACUCACAAGCGUUUAUUUUCUGAGAUUGGUGAUGAUUUGCCUUCAUCCCAUAUAAUGUCGGUAAUGGAAAAAUAUCGUGCAAAAUCAACAACGUCAAAAUACGAAAGCAACCCAAGCUCCACGAAUCCCGUGAUAAUGGAAGAUUGGAAGAAGAUCCUGUAUUGGGUUGAACGUGCUGUCGGGACAUUUCUAGAUGCUUUUGAAUCCGAAUAUAACCCAAUUCAACAAAAUGAUUGUGGGGAAAGAGAGUGGUUUGGAGAAUACGUCAUUCCUAUUUUUUCAGGGGGAGAAGUUACGGUAGUCGCCAGUUGCCGAAGACGAAAUGAAAACAAAAAUAUAUUAGAAGAAUAUCUUGAACGGGGUCAUCUAGCGGAUUUAUUAUGCAAAAUCGAUCAACAAGAAGUGGUUUGUGGACUGGCAUGUGGUGGCCCACAUAAAUAUGACCUUACAAAGUGGGCGUCUGAUGAAUAUCAACUACCAAGAAUGCUUAAAGAUACAUUGGAUGACAUAUUAGAGAAAUUUAGAGGUGCAAGUAGAGAUUCAUCAAAUCUUUAUACUAUCGAAUUCAGAGAUUCGAAUAUACAUGAUGGAAAAGCGUUAUAUUUACCGACUUCAUCUCCUGAAGUCGUUUAA